AGCGAUCGUGCGGUACGCUUAUUGGUUGGGCGAUUUCGUUUCUUUCGGACUGCGUUAGCUUGAAUUUCGGUGCGUGUUGCGCGAUUGUUUAUGUGAAAAUUUGGCAAGUGAUUUUCCAGCGUGCGGCGUGCAGCAGUGUGUUGGACUGCGGAUGUAUAUUGACAUAUUUGCUGGUGGCCGGUUGAUAGUUUCUGUGAAAAAUAGAAGCUUUGCAUGUGAAAUGCGUGAGAAAUAAGCAAAAUAGCAAAAUUGAUACUUGUGAUGGAGGAGAUAUGACCAAUAUCUAAUGAAAGUGAAAAGAUAAUAAAGUAACAAAUGUAUGUUUUGGAAGAAAGCUUCUUCCAGUUUAUAUUCAUUGUAAAGAGAAGUUAAUGCGGUACAAGAAAAUCCCAGCAGGUUGAGCUUGAGAUGCAAUGAUCGAGCUAUUGGAUGAUUGACCAUAUCGAAACCAUCGGAGAAAAAGAUGAUGUAUUGAGGAGGAAAGUGCCCUUUCAUUUCAGUGGUAUUGGAUUUUGUUAGCCCUGUUAUCAUUGUUUCCAAUAAACACUUUCUUGUUUAUAUCGAAAUCAAGAUUCCAUGUGGAUAAAUUUAGGUAUGUGAAAGUGUGGUUAUACAAAUUGCAAUGAAGAUUUACAUUCGUGAGUCGUGACCCUUCAACUAUUUACCACUAUUGUACAAAUCUGUCAUCUGUGCUGGAUGGGUAAGCAGAGGUAAUCUGAAAACAAAAUAAAGGAGGAAGUUCAGCUGUGUUGGUUUGUAUUCCACUGAGAAUCGAUUGCCUUGGAAGCCUGAGUGAACGACAGCCUAUCAACAUACAUCUACCUUCUACCUGUUACAAAGCAGAGCACCACGUGAAAAAAGAAUAGUUAGCAAAAUUGGCAGCAAAGUAAGCAGUUUAUCUUAGGGGAUGUCAAAGUACCUUGUGUCAAACAGUGGAUACUUCGAUAAAUGUUGAUAACGAAUGACAAAUCAGUGUCAGUACUCGGUCUUGGACGCAUCAACUUGUCCACGCAUCUCGCAUCGUCGAAACUGGAGUGAGUGAAUUUUGCUUUCGGCUUGUUGUCAUCGUCCAGAGAUAAGAAGAUUGUGUCCCAGUGUUUAUUUUUUGAUACGGAGUGGGCGGUUGAAUGCUACACGAAAGCGAAAUAAAGAAAAAUAUAUUUAUGUGUAGUGCCGUUGCGUGAUUCAUAGUGUUGUUGUACAAGAUUAUAUUCGCAAUUAUUUGCCUUAUUGAAAAUACACGAUGCGUGAUACAUCCUCCAACAAAGUGCAUUAUCCAGUGUACAGCUUAAAUCGAAAAGCAGAGCUAUAGGGAUAACGAUUCAGCGGGUGCGGCAAAAGGUGCUCCUCGACUGUAUCGGGAUUACUGACCGCCAGCACCAGGCAGUGUCAUGGCUGAACAGUCCAAGCGUCAGAUUCCGGUGUGCCCACCGCUGCCAAAGGAUUUGGUUUUGGCAAGCAGCAAGCUGCGGCCGCCACCGCCGCCGACGGCUACCAAGGCAGUAGUGAAGCACAAAGAAGAGGAUCCCCGCGAGCAAAGUGGCAGUGACCUUCUAGUGGUUCGGUAUGAAAAUAACGGUUCGCUAGCUUGCAUAGGUCCUCCCAAUAUGGUAUCGGUUUCCUUGGAGGAUAUACUGAAAACCUUCAAUGCGCCGAUUUCCGAGGAUCAGGCCUGGGCGCUGAUCUACCAGAGCACUCGCAUGUUCAAAGCCCGACUGCAGGAGGUCGGCUGUCGAUUGCGCGACUUACGGUUACCGGUCAAAACGAAACACCUGAAUGUGCACAAGGACGGAAGCUGCUUCGUUACGAUUGGCGAUGGAGACAAAGACCAGUGUGUUGCUUCUUCUCAGAAAAAGAUACUCCGGAAGCUGGGGACCGUAGUAUACAACGCACUCGAUUUCAACCUGCCCUCGAACGAGUAUUGUCCAAUAUCGCAUGAACUGGAUGAACUGAUCGAUUUCAUGACAGCUGAAGACAAUGACGAUGAAGGAAUCGAGCACGAUUCCGAGGAUCCGAUAACGGAUGAAGAUGAGGCUGUUGUGGUGGAUCACACAGAUGAUGACGAGGAGGAUGAGGAUCGACAUCAUCACCAGUGCAAUGGGGACGGUGGAGGAGGGGGUGGGCUUAGCGAUGGCAAUCAUCAUCACUCAGAUAGCAGUAAUAAGCGGAGAUCGCAUCUCGAAACCAAAGAACUAGAUCACGUGCUAGCGUUUUGUUCGUCACGUGUAUCACCCUCGAAGCCAGAGGACCACUAUCGGGCCGUAUGCCGGGCGUUAGCUACCGAAACCCUAGAAUUAAGAACGUUCCUACAGCGGGUAUGCCAAGGCGAUGCCGAGGUGCUCCGACUCAAGGCCCAAGCGGAAACCUCCGGCAAGGUGCUGGAGAAAAUCCACUUCAACGAUUGGGCUCGCUUUUGGAUGCAAGUGGUAGACGAACUGCGGCGGGGAGUAAGGCUGAAAAAAAUCAACUUCUCCCGAACGCCGAUCGAGUACGAAUUGACGCCAUACGAAAUCCUGAUGGAGGACAUCCGGUCCCGAAAGUACAAUCUGCGCAAAGUGAUGGUAGAUGGUGACAUACCACCGAAGGUGAAACAAGAUGCACACGCCGUUAUACUGGAGUUUAUCCGAUCUCGACCACCAUUACGCAAGGCCUCCGAACGGAAACUCGCACCGCAACCUCUGAAACGAGUGGCUUGCCCCCGGGAGCAACUGCUUGAUUCGAUACGAAAGGGUCGAGUGUUGAAGCCAGUGCAUCCUAAGCUGAAAACAAGACGCGUCGCUUCUAUGCUUUCCAUCAUUUUCCCAAUGUCACACCACGAUGCCAUCAACAUCUUUUUACCAACAACACAAAUAGAUAGCGUGAAGAAAUCUUGUGAUGAAAUAGGAACUACCGGCAGUAGCAGCAGCAGUAGCAGUAGCAACAGUAGCAACAAUGGAAGUAGCAAUAGUCACCAGCACCAACAUCAUCAUAGCACAACCAGCAAGGCACCGUCGGCGGCAACGCCUGCGACGGCGAGCGGCUCGACAAAAGACAGUGCAGCGGCGGCGGUGGCAGCGGCGAGGGCCUCGGCGAUAUCCGCUGCCAUGUAUUCCAGCUCGCCCCGAAACACCCUAAGACUGAUACCGGUGGACUUUUCGCUGUUUGAGGACGACGAUUUUAUAAUCGAAACGGCACCGAACGGUGAUCACACGCUAACCGGCUCUGGUGGAAGUAGUCGGACGCACGGUUCCAGUGGUGGAGGCCGGUACGCCACCCUUGCGGUCACCGGCAAACGAGGCCUCGCAGCGGCAGCUGGCGGUAGCAACGGAACGGCGACCAGCAGUACAAACCACCACAUUAAUAACGAAAACAACCAGAACAACAUCAACACUGUGCUGAGGCGGACAAAGAAUAUCAUUACACACGACGAGUACCAUAGGUUCUGUGAUAAAGCACUCGAAACAUAUGAUCUAGCCACGCAAUGUGAAUCACGUCGGGCGUCCAUGCGGCGACACACCAUCAUCGGAUGCAAUCAGAACUACAAGCUGGACCACUUGAAUAGUCACUCGAUGCCCCCCUCGCGACCCGCGUCCCGACAAUCCGACCACGGUCAACAGAAUCAUGCACAACCGCAGCAAUCCCAGCCUCAGCAACAGCAACAGCUAGAAUCCAAAUCCCAGAUGGUAGUGACAGAUCUCGUCGCGGGCAGUCAGAUCUCAUCGUUAGAUACGUGGACCAAGAGUUCACUCGACGAAAACCAGUGGAAGGACACGUUCAACCUGAACGAUCGCCUCUCGCUUACGCUGGAGGAAAUUGUACAUAUCCGAUCGGUCAUGACCAAGGCCGAACUAGAGGGCCUACCGGUCGACGUGCACAUCAAAGAGGACGUCGAAAAGCGGAAGGUUUGCUUCCUGUGCUUGCGGACGCGUUUUACGCUGUUUGCGCGGGGAAUCCUCUGCAAACUUUGCCAACGGACGGUUUGCAAUAAGUGCAAUCAGAAGAUGCGAAUACCUACCGAACACUUUCGAAAUGUUCCGGUGGUGCUACUGUCGCCUUCGUUGAUGAACAGUCCCUGCACCUCGAAUACACCGUCGCCCAGUCACCAUGCGCACGGUGGCGGUGGAUCCGGUCCGCACAGCCUGAUGGACGAGUCGUUUCCGCGGUCGCUGAUGGAGCGGCUACUGCGGCCCGAGUUAGACAGGAGGACUCGCAAUACUGUCGGUAGCGCUCCAUCAUCACCAAAGAAUCAACGAUCGGCUUCCAGCACACCAGGCACUAGCCUGCAGGGUGAGGCCUUAUCGCUUCCACUGUCCCAACCAGUGACAUCAGCCACUAGCAACGGUGCCAAAGAAAGUACAACAAACGUGGCGAACACCAACGGCAGCAGCAAGUAUUCAAUCAUGUCCCGUAGCAUGGAAGGACCGCACAGUCUCCCACCUCAGAGUCCCGCUCGGACACACAGCAAUAGCAGCACACUGGAUCGAAGGAAUAGAUUCGCCAAAGCAUUCACCCUAUCGGCGGCAGCGACGGCACCCGGUACUGCCAUCGAUCCACAAAAGGAACGGCUCACCGGGGAGCUGAUGGCCGUUUGCAACGACUGUCGCAGUUUGGUGCUGGAAAUCAUUCGUUCUUCGCGACAGACACGGUCAUCCGCACAGAACCAAGCCCUUCGAAAUCUAACGCUGGACCUUUCACCCGUCUACAAACGCUAGGGCCGCUGAUCCCACUUCGGCAAAACAAAACUACUAAAGUCACGGACUGAUGAGUCGGAUGAGAUGCCUGUUUCUUUGGUGCACAAUUAAUUCUCGUUUCUUUUUUCGUUUCCGGCAAAAAGUUGUGAAAAAUCAAAUUUGAAGCCGAACCCUUCCUUCGGUAUGAGAAGAAAAGUGAACUCCUUAUAUUUAUCUUAUUUAUUCUGUAAUUUAUUUCAACAUUGUUCUACAGUUUUUCGGAUAUGUUACUAUUGUUUUAUCAGGAAGAGUAUAUUUUUGUUCAAAACAAAAAAACUUAUAAACUAAAUCAGGCUUUCGAAAAUUUUUGCCUGCAAAUCCGUGUUCAAGAGAAGAAAUCUCUUAUGCAGUUCGAGAUGUUUGUUCAACAUUUUUUUAGGUUUGAUUUAAAACAUUUGAUUGUAGUAGGUAAUUUUUCAUAUCCUUUUUAUAUACCCAGGAUGUGCGUUCGCGCAUGUCGUUUGAAUUUGAUUUUUCGCAAUUCGGUCACCUUUGGUGUAUCAUCGUGAAGUUAUAACGGUAAGAAACUCCUUUGAAGUACGCUACUUGUUGCUAUGCUUUAAUUGUUGUUGGGUGCUGCGGAAAGUUGAAAGUACUUUUGUCCGAGCGAGCAGUAGACAAAAUAAGAAGAACUAUAGUUGUACAAAGUGUAUGGAAACGAUUGUGACUUGUUGAAGUAAUAAAAACAGAACGGAAUUUAAAAUCAAUAA